CCAUCCCCAUCCCGGCGCCUCGCACCGCCCCGGUAGCUCCAUCCAGCAUUCCCUCCGGGAUGCAGAGAUCGGCGGCGGGCCAGGGCCAGCCGCGUCCCCCGAGCCCGGGGGGCAGCGGGCACUCAGGUGUCCGGCCCCCAGGUCACCUCCCCGGACCUCCACGUUGUGUUUACACGGAGUGAGGUCCAAAAAGCCUUCCCGUACCAAAGCCGCCUUAUCGCCCGCUCCUCGGCCGCCCCCCGAGCCUAUAUAAGGGCGGCCACCGGCGGCGGGAGGGACACGGGAGGCGACCGGAGCCAGGUGAGGGGCGGGGGGCUUUAAGUUUGUGCGGCCGGAGGAACUGGGUGUGACUGCAGGUGCACAGCAGCGGGGCUGCGGGGCACCCGAGGUGUUUCGGGGACCCACAGGUGUUAUGGGGAACCCCAGGUGUUUUUAGGGGAGCUCUGGGCGUCAAAGGGAACUCCAGGAGUGAGGUCCGUGCAGGGAGCAGGUGCAGCAGAAGCACCACCACGCCGUGAGCGCUAGGACGGCUCCUGUCCUGCAGCCGGACCAUGCUGCUGAAGGCUGCGCUGCUCCUGUCCCUGCUGGCCGGCUGCCCAGUGUCCCCGGCCAAGCCGGAGCAGAGCGGCCUCUGGGAGUACCUGAGCCAGCUGACGGGGGACAAGGACAGCCUGGAGCAGGGCCAGAGCAAGCUGGGCAGGGACAUUACGAACCUGAAGGAAAGCAUUCAGGAUGGGGUCAGCUACAUGGGGGACUUCCUGGAGAAGCUGUCACCCCUGAGCAGGGGCCUGCAGCCGCGGCUCCCCGAGGACUCGGCCAGCCUGCGCAAGGCGCUGCGCAGGGAGCUGGACAGCCUCCGGGACAAGCUGUCCCCGUACGUGGACGAGGUGCACCAGCAGGUCGGGAAGCAGCUGGAUGAUCUCCGGCAGCAGCUGCAGCCGCUCACGGAGGAGCUCCUGGAGCAGGUGUCCCUGCGGGCCCGGCAGCUCCGGCGGCACCUGGUGCCCAGCCGGGAGGUGACAGCGCAGCUCCUGGGCGGCGCCGACGAGCUCCAGCGCUUCAUGGCUCACUACGCCGACAAGAUCGCCUUCCACACGGACCAGGUGAAGGACAUCUUCCACCCGUACACGGACCGGCUGCUGAGCGAGAUCCACCGCAACGUGGAGGAGCUGCACCGCAGCGUGGCCCCGCACGCCCGCGCCAGCCCCGAGCAGCUGAACCAGCACAUCCAGGAGCUGUCCGCCAAGCUGGCCCGCAACGCGCGGGACCUGCACCAGCAGAUCCAGAAGAACCUGGAGCAGCUCAAGGCCAAGCUGAGCCUGCUGCCCGGCAGCCUCGGGGGGCCCGCGGCGCCGCCGGGCCGCUCCCGGGAGGCGCUGGCGCGGGAGGUGCAGCGGCGUGUGGAGGAGUUCCGGCAGGACACGUACGCCCAGAUCCAGGCGUUCACCCGCGCGCUGGACCAGGAGACGGAGGAGAUGCGGCUGAAGCUGAGCGCCCGCCCGGGCCCGCCCGAGGAGCCGCUGGACGCGCCGCCGCCACCUCUGGAGGACCUGCGGGCGCGGCUGGACGCGCUGUGGCGGGACCUGGCGCUGAGCCUGAGCGAGCGGGGCGGGGAGGGUCCCGGGGAGGGUCCCGGGGCGGCGGGGCCGGGCCCGGGGCGGCUCCGCGGCUGA